AUGUCCGCGCCCAACAUUGUGACUCCCGCAGGACGUGAACAUACCGAUAUUCGUCAUGUUGACGAGACUCAACUUAUAGUCGAUGAUGCUGAGGUCGCCGAUGACGACUCAUCAGAGCUUGGUGGUAGUAUUGCUUCUUCCCAGCAGACUACCAGUAGUAUUGCUAGCUCCAUUUGGAACUUCCAACUUGAGAAUGGUCGAACUUACCAUCGGUACAAGGAAGGACACCUCCAACAUGAACUAUGUCUCCUCACUCUGGACCGGAAGCUUGGUCUGGCACCGCCAAACGACGAGAACUCCAAGGUCAACCGUGUGCUUGACCUAGGCACCGGCACUGGGCUGUGGGCCAUCGACUUCGGAGAUGUCCACCCCAAUGCAGAGGUUCUUGGCGUUGACCUUUCUCCCCCAGCGGCUGAAGCUCCACCGAACGUAGGAUUCGAGGUCGAUGAUGUUGAAGAACCAUGGACGUACACCCAGCCCUUUGACUACAUCCAUAGUCGAUUCAUGACAUCGAGCAUUUCGAAUUGGCAGAAAUACACCCAAAACUCCUUCGAUAAUCUGACGCCCGGAGGAUACUUCGAGCUUUUGGAGGUUGGUGGCCAGCUUCAGUCACACGAUAACACGCUGAGACCUGACUCCGCCGUUGUAAAAAGCGGUAAGCUUUUGAGAGAGGCAUGUGCAAUUCUGGGCCGGCCGUUUCAGAGCAUUCCGUCUUUGGUCGACGUCAUGAAGGAGGUUGGCUUUGUCGAUAUCGUUAUGACCAAGUACAAGUGGCCUAUGAAUUCGUGGCCCAAAGACCCGAAGCAUAAACUCAUCGGCACUUGGUCACUCCACAAUAAUCUUGAAGGAAUUGAAGGUUGGACCAUGGCUGCCUAUACCAGAGCGCUGAACUGGAAGAAAGAGGAAGUGCAGGCCUUCCUGGUCGAUGUCCGGAACGGACUGAAAGACAAGAGCAUGCAUGCAUACGUGCCGAUUUACGCUAUCUACGGGAGGAAGCCAGAGUAA